AUGGUUAUAGUGGAAGGCUCUCAUGGCUCUCAACAAAUGUCUGACCUUUUGAAUGGUCAUACCGGAAAAGAGCUUGAUCAGAGAACGGAAAAUGAUACUCCUGAUAAAUUGGGUUGUAUAACAGUUAGUACUAAUGAGGAAGCCAAUUCAGAUGAUGCAAGAGAAGAAAGUCCAAACCAUAUCAUUCAACAUACUAGGAUGAAUACAAUCAGAGAUGCAUUAAGUAAAUAUCUUAAAUUUAUUGGUCCUGGUAUAAUGGUAAGUGUCGCUUAUAUUGAUCCCGGUAAUUAUUCUACCGCAGUUAGUGCUGGUGCAGCUAAUCAAUUUUCUUUGCUUUGUGUCGUACUCCUUUCUAAUUUUAUUGCAAUAUUCUUGCAACUAUUGUGCAUCAAAUUAGGAACCGUGACCGGACUUGACUUAGCAAGAGCUUGUCGAGCAUACUUCCCCCGUUGGUUGAACUGGAUCCUCUAUUUUUUUGCUGAAUCUGCUAUUAUUGCUACAGAUAUAGCCGAAGUUAUGGGGACCGCAAUUGCAUUGAAUAUUUUAAUUAAAAUUCCUUUACCGGCUGGUGUGGCUCUUACUGUGGUGGAUGUUUUUGUUAUCAUGUUCACCUAUAAACCUGCGUCGUCCUCUCUAAAGUUUGUCAAAUUAUUUGAAUAUUUUGUGGCGUCUUUAGUACUUGGUGUUGCUAUCUGUUUUGCAGUAGAGUUAGCAUAUAUUCCCAAAUCAACUUCUGUCAGAGCAGUUUUUAGAGGGUUUAUUCCACAGAGACUAACAUUUCAACACAAUGGUAUGUAUACUGCAAUUUCGAUCCUUGGUGCGACCGUCAUGCCGCACUCAUUAUUCUUGGGUUCUGCACUAGUUCAGCCAAGGUUAUUAGAUUACGAUGUUACCCAUGGGAAUUAUUCGAUAAUGGGAGAUUCAGAAGAAAAAAAAAGUGACGAGGAACUCGCUGAAAGAAGAUACUUUGGUUAUAAGCCCACUUUGUCUGCUAUUAGAUAUUGCAUGAAAUACUCGAUGAUUGAACUUGCAUUAACAUUAUUUACUGUGGCAUUAUUUAUCAAUUGUGCAAUCUUAGUAGUUUCCGGUGCUACAUUGUACAAUUCUGCAGAGGCUGAAACGGCAGAUCUGUUUGGUAUCCAUGAUCUAUUAUCAAAAACGUUGGCGCCCGCUGCAGGUACAAUAUUUAUGUUAGCUCUACUACUAAGUGGCCAAUCGGCAGGUAUCGUUUGUACAAUGGCUGGACAAGUUGUCAGUGAGGGACAUAUUCGCUGGAAGGUGGUGCCUUGGCAGAGAAGACUGAUAACAAGAUCCAUUUCAAUGGUUCCUUGCUUAGUAAUUUCCAUAUGUAUUGGUAAAGAAGCCAUGUCAAAGGCAUUAAACGCAUCCCAAGUAGUAUUAUCCAUUGUGCUCCCCUUCCUAGUUGCGCCACUAAUAUACUUCACAUGCAACAAAUCCAUUAUGAAAACAGAGGUACUAAAGGAAGAAAAUAAAACUACGGUGAAUAAAGAAAAUAGCGAUGGAAAUAAUGAGUCUGAAGUUGUUUACAUGGCAAAUAACUGGAUUGUUACUAUUAUUGCCUGCCUCGUUUGGGUCUUUUUAUCGUUGUUGAAUGUAUACGCUAUCGUCCAACUAGGGCUCUCACACGGGGAAAUUACUGGAUAA